CCGGUCUUCUUUGUUUUCUGCGACUUCGGCCCUUCGUUGGGACUGUAAGCAAGUCUGUAAAUCAGGGAAAGACGGACGGGGCAACCUUCGGCUCGAAGAAGGCCGUGCUCUCGUCCUACAAACCAAUGGAAGAAUCGGUUUCGAGAUUUGUCGCCAAAUCUCCAGUCGUUUGAAUGCGAGUGCGAUUGUCGGAUUUUGUAGCUGCGUGUCCUCUUAAGAACGGAUGUCACGCAAUGCUCGCUCUCGCUGAAGGUCUACUCCCAUUCCUCGACGUCGGUUCACAAGAUCUGGGAGACGCUUAGAUUGGCGAGAGUGCGAGGUGUAGUUUGCAUUCAAUGGCGGCAUUAGGGGGAUCGCAGGGUGGAGCUGGAAGCGGUGGGAGGGAGAGCAUGUCUCUCAUGGAUCUCAUAUCGGCCGAUCCUGUUAUGCCGUCAAGUGAUGGAUCGGCGAAGAAACCCCCGGGUACAAUGAAUCUGCAGAUUCCCACGGAAACAAUGUCUCCAGCUAGAGUCUUGUCUCCUCCGAUAAUGAAGACUGGCCUUGGUCAAAGGAAGAAGAAGCCACUCACAUAUUCUCAGCUGGCGAGAUUACUCAAUGAUUUAGCUGCGUCUCCUGACCAGAAAAAUGCACAAAAGCAGUUGCAAGUUCAAGUUUUCCCAAAGCUGGCAGUGUACAGUUCGGUGGACCCUUCCUUAGUUCCUGCGUUGCUCCAGUUGCACGAGCAGGCAGACGACAGGCAUGUCGUGAGAUAUGUGUACUACUACCUGGCUAGAGUGCUCGCAGAAAGUGGAAGUCAUGGGAUCACACCUGGAGGCGGUGUUCCAACUCCGAAUUGGGAUGCCCUUGCUACUUUGAAUGUUGCUGGUGCUGUGACUAGGGCUGAUGUCGUUCCUCAGAUUGUUGAACGUCUUGCCGUUGAAGCUGCUAAUAUUGACCCAGCAGCUCAUCCUCGGAGAAUUGCAGCUCUCAAAGCACUGAGCUUCGCUCCUAUCACCAGCGAGGAGAUUUUGGGCAAGCUUUACAUGAUUGUCUUCAAAAUUCUUGAUAAGGUCGCAGAUGCGGGUAAACUGAGGCGAAAAAAAGGCAUGUUUGGGAGGCAGAGCGUUGAUAAAGAGUCAGCCACUCGUAGUAAUCUACAGUAUGGUGCACUGAGUACGCUAAGAAGGCUGCCACUUGAUCCGGAUAAUCCAGCAUAUCUGCAUCGGGCUGUGCAAGGUAUAGCAUGUGCAGAUCCCGUUGGAGUAAGACAUGCAUUGGCGAUGGUCUCUGAACUUGCUCCUCGGGACCCAUUUAGCGUGGCUAUGGCCGUCGCAAAGCUUUCUCUAGCUGGAGGUUCCCUACAAGAGGUGUUGCAGAUUCAUGAUGUUCUAGCGCGGGUUUACCUAGCUCGUCUCUGUUAUAUUUUGUCAAGCGCCGAUGCCCUUGAUGAGAAACCUGAUUUGAAAUCCCACUUUCGAACAAUUCUGUAUCAGCUUCUCCUUGAUCCCAGUGAACGGGUUUGUUUCGAAGCAAUCAAUUGCAUCCUCGGGAAGGUUGAUGGUAGCGAAGGCACCGAGAUACGUGCAAGUGGAUGGGCUCAUCUCAUCACAGCCAUACUCAGAUUUCCUGAGCCUGCUCCUGUUCCAAAUAAGGAUGGUGCACCCUCGUCAAAGGAUGGUGGCGCUGCCCCUGCCAAAGAUGGAAUACCUCCGAAAGUCCCGAAAGAUCGUCAAGUUCCGAGACCUCGCCGUCCGCAGCCUCUAAUCAAACUGGUUAUGAGGAGAUUGGAGUCAGCUUUAAGACAUCACUCAAGACCAGUAUUGCACGGAGCAGUAAGAGUCGUUCAAGAAAUGGGAAAGAGUCGUGCCGCUGCUUUUGCUGUAGGUGGACUUGGUAUUGACGAAGAUGCUCAUGCAGAUAGCACAGUUGAUACUGGUACUGGAGAUUCUGCAGAUAUGGGAGACACCGAAGGUUCACGAUCAAAAGUUUCACCACUUCCCUCCUCCAUCUCUACUGGUGGGAAGGAAUCUGUGUCAAGCAUGCUAUCGUCUCUUAUGGAGGCUGUGCGCAUCACAGUUGCUUGUGAGUGCGUGUAUGUACGAGCUGCUGUUAUCAAAGCAAUGAUAUGGAUGCUUUCACCAUAUGAGUCCGUGGACGAAUUGAAGUCCAUCAUAGCAGGAGAGUUAGCGGAUCCUGCAUGGCCCGCUUCUCUAUUGAAUGACAUCGUGCUGACGCUACAUGCUCGAUUUAAGGCUACUCCAGAAAUGGCCGUUAUCUUGCUUGAUAUAUCACGGCUUUUUGCAACCAAGGUUCCUGGAAAGAUAGACUCUGACGUUCUUCAGCUCCUUUGGAAGACGUGUUUGCUGGGAUGUGGACCGGAAGGUAAACACACAGCUCUGGAAGCUGUCACUGUAGUUUUGGAUCUUCCACCACCUCCUCCUAUUUCGAUGAAUGGUUACACGAGGGUAUCUGCAACAGAUCCGAAGUCUGCCCUUGCUCUACAGCGUUUGAUUCAAGCAGCUGUGUGGUUCUUGGGUGAAAACGCAAAUUAUGCUGCAGCUGAAUAUGCUUGGGAGUCAAACACUCCUCCUGGGGCUGGCCUCUUGAUGUUGGACUCUGACAAAAUGGUUGCCGCUGCAAAUUCAAGAAAUCCAACGCUUGCAGGAGCUCUGACGCGGCUUCAACGCUGUGCGUUUAGUGGAAGUUGGGAGGUGAGAUUAGUGGCUGCACAAGCUUUGAUGACUUUGGCCAUCAGAUCUGGCGAACCCUACAGGGUGCAGAUUUAUGACUUCAUGCAUGCCUUGGCCAAGGGAGGGGCGCAAGAAAGAGUAUCUGAUCUUGCUGCCAGUAAUGGCGAGGACCAAGGUGCAAGUGGCACAGGUCUUAGCUCUGUGAUCUCUCCCAUGCUGAAGGUUCUCGACGAACUUUACAAAAGCCAAGAUCAACUAAUCAAAGACAUGAGACAACACGACAACAGGAAGGAGGAAUGGACUGACGAUGAGUUGAAGAAGCUUUUCGAAACUCAUGAAAGACUUCUUGACCUUGUGUCUCUAUUCUGCUUCGUUCCUAGAUCGAAGUACCUACCUUUGGGGCCAACAAGUCUAUACCUGUUGAACAUAUACCGCAACCGGCAUCGCAUCGAUGUUGUCAUGGGUUCAAACGAUCCAGCAGUUGCCACGGGAAUAUCUGAUCUUUUGGAUCCCACAGUGGCAUCUGGAUUGUCCGAUCUUCAACCUCUUUAUGCUGAGCCAGCAGCUGCAGCUGCAGCCGCAGCUGUGUCACCUGAUGAGGAUGACAAGGAGUAUAAUGAGUACCAUGACAUUGUGUGGAAUAUUCCUGCUCAAGAAACAGUGAAUGAGUUCCUUGGAGGAGGUGGUACAGAUGCCCCUGGAGCAGAUGACAGUGAAGAUGAGGUGGUAGCUGCUCGACCAUCUGUUAGUUACGACGAAAUAUUUAGCAAGGGUCUUAUUGAUACAUCAGAUCCGGAGGAUGGAGAUCGUUCAUCGGGAGGAUCUUCUCCCGAAUCAGCUGCCUCAUAUGGUGGAUUCUCAGGAAGGAAUUUCGGGAGCAACCGUUACGCAUCAAUGUUUGCUCCUGCAGCGUCCUCACCUUUUGGCAAAAACUCAACUUGGGAAGACAGGGUCGGUGGUGGAUCUUCCAAACCUGUAUCGUCCUUUCGAGAAACGAAGACAGACUCACCCACAGAGGCUUCUAGUGGGCAGUGGGAUAAGGAAGAAUCAAGUAUGGCUCGCUCUUCUUCUUUCAAUGAGGAAGCUGCUCAGACUGCAGACGAUGAAGAAAAUUUGGACGAUGACACACAGCCGGGAACUGCUCUUUACGACUUUUCUGCCGGUGGCGACGAUGAGAUCAAUCUUACCGCUGGAGAGGAGCUGGAAAUAGAAUAUGAAGUCGGUGGAUGGUAUUUUGUUAAGAAGAAGGUCGCUGGAUCAGAUGGCAAGUUGACUGGGCUUGUUCCCGUUUCAUACGUCAGCGCAUUUUAGAUCCAACAGUAAUAGCUAGAUUCUCAACACGUUUGCUCCUGUAAGUCUUUCUUGAAUUUGCAAUUAAUAUCAGACGUCAAAGUUACUAGGAGCAGAAUGAUUUAUUUCUUGGAAUGAGGUUUCCGUUCCAUUCCAAGCCUCAGAAUAUACCUGAAUCCUUGAUCACUCGUUGUUUACCAAGUAAUCGGAAGGGUCCUCUUGGUUUAAUUUAUUGCUCAAGUUUGAAGCUGAGCCAUAGAAAAAGCCCUUGUAUUUAGAUAUAUGAUAGGGCUCACUACUUUCCAAAUCGGAAAUGGAAAGCAGUGAUUGUACACAGUUCUUCCUUCUGCCCGAUCUCUUGUACUUCACAUGUUUAAAAUUUUUACCAUCCUACCAGUCUGUCCAUAUGGGCAGAGAGCAACCUUUUCUUGACUGGAAGUCUGCAGCCUAUGAGCUUUGGCAGCGACUCCUGGUUUUGGUGGACUGUCUUUGACUUAAAUUGGCUAUCAAUAAUGCCUCCAUUGAGGCCAUUCGGG